AUGGAGAACACUCGGUAUAUCAUUACCCCCUUGAAGGUCAUUGGAACUGUUUCAUUGGGAGCCAUCACUGGAUCAUUGGCUGCGCUGUCAUUCUCGACAGUCCCUGCCAUGUUGGGCUUGCCAACAUCCGAAUCAGUUCCUAAGGCCCUCCACGUUGCCUUGAAGUCGACCAAGGACGUCGUGUUCCCUCUGCAGCUCGUUUCUGCGACCUCCUUCCUCGCCGCUUUCGCCCUUUCCCCACGGUCGGGCCGGCACCCCUACCUUCUCUACUGCGCAACCGCUGCUCUCUCGCUGACGCCCUACGCCAAGUACCUUUUGAAGCCGUUGAUGGGUGAGGUCAUGAAGGUUGACGGUGUUAACGGUGAGCAGACCAAGGAAAGCUUGGUGAAAUGGAAGAGAAGGAACUACGGCCGUGUUGUGAUCGCUGCCAUUGGCACUGUUUUCGCGAUCAUUGGUGGACACGGAGAGGGUUUGUAUUAA